GAGCUGCCAAACAGAACGUUGCUGAGUUGUGAUCUCUGACGGGGAAAUCUGUUCUUCCUUCUUGCAGCUAUCCAGAAAAUAUUACCCCAGAGACUGAAGAUGUGGAGCCCAAACCCAUGGUCAUCGGCACCAACAAUGUCUUUGAGGUUGGGUGCUAUUCCCAAGCGAUGAAGGUGGGAGACAACAACGUCAUCGAAUCCAAAGCAUUUGUUGGCAGGAACGUGAUCCUGACGAGCGGCUGCAUCAUCGGGGCCUGCUGUAACAUCAACACCUACGAGGUGAUCCCCGAAAACACCGUCAUCUACGGGGCCGACUGCCUCCGGCGCGUGCAGACCGAGCGGCCGCAGGUGGGUGUGUGA